AUGGCCGCCGCUGCACAGAAGCUUUUGGGUCGCUUGGGAGCUCUCGGAGUCGGUCUUUCCGUCGCUGGAGGUAUCGCACAAACUGCUUUGUUCAAUGUUGAUGGAGGUCAACGAGCAGUCAUCUUCGAUAGAUUCAGUGGAGUGAAGAACGAGGUCGUCGACGAGGGAACUCACUUCUUGAUUCCAUGGGUACAAAAACCAAUCAUCUUCGACAUCAGAUCCACGCCAAGAGUAGUGUCAACCAUCACCGGAAGUAAGGAUCUCCAAAACGUCAAUAUCACCCUCCGUAUUCUUCACCGACCAAGCCCUGACAAACUCCCAAACAUCUACCUCACGAUUGGUAUGGACUAUGCUGAACGAGUCCUUCCAUCCAUCACCAACGAAGUCUUGAAGGCUGUUGUAGCACAAUUCGAUGCACAUGAGAUGAUUACUCAACGUGAGGUCGUUUCGCAACGGACAUCAGUGGCUCUCCGUGAGCGUGCCGCUCAGUUCGGUCUCCUUCUUGAUGAUAUCUCUAUUACCCACUUGAACUUCGGCCGCGAAUUCACCGAAGCCGUCGAAAUGAAGCAGGUGGCUCAACAGGAAGCCGAAAAAGCCAGAUACUUGGUCGAGAAGGCCGAACAAAUGAAGAUCGCCGCCAUCACCACCGCUGAAGGAGACGCCCAGGCAGCUAAGCUCCUCGCUAAGGCCUUCGCCAACGUUGGAGACGGACUUAUCGAGUUGAGAAAAAUCGAAGCGGCCGAGGAGAUCGCCGAGCGUAUGGCCAAGAACAAGAAUGUCACUUAUCUGCCAGGAAACCAACAGACCCUUCUCAACCUUCAAUCAUAA